AUGAUGCAACAACCAAAUAAACAACAAUUGCUACAACAGCAAUUGCAUCAACAACAACAACUUCGACAAAAAGCACAAUUUAUGAAUUAUGCUUCAACUACAGAAGAAAUUUUAAAAAAAUAUUCCAAAUAUCCACCUUCUUUAACUUUGCAUAUUUUUGAAAAUUAUUAUAGAUUUAAUAAUAGUCAAGAUUCUCAAAUUAUACCAAAAGAUUCUCAUAUGAUUAAAGAUUUUUUAAAGCAUGUUAUAAAAGAAGAAAUUCCAGUUGAAAUGUGUGAAUUAUUAAAAGAUUUUUCAAUAAAACUGUAUGAUGGUUGUUUAAUUUUACAAGUUUAUGAUCAUAGAAAUUUCAAUAAACAACCGAAAAAGGAAGAAGAGAAACAAGAAACUCAAGAUCAAGCAUUUGCUAAACCAAAAUCAUAUCGAACUUUAUUAAAACCAACUCCAUUAUCUAUUUAUUAUGAUUUAUUAUAUCAUACUGAUUCUGCAUUAACUAAAUUUACUGAUACUUUAUCAUUACAAAUGGAAUCCGAGAUUUUAACAUUGACAAAUAGAAAAUUAAAUUUAUCUGUACUUUUGAAUCCAUAUAAUUAUGAUUUAUUAAAACCUGACACCGACGAUGAAAUUGAACAUAGAGAACCAGUUCAUGUCCCACAAAGGAAAAUACAUCAAGAUGAAAUCGUACUACAUAAAUCAUCAGAAUAUGAAGAGAUUAUGUUAUUAUUAUCAAAUAAAUAUAGAAGACCAGAUGAGUCACAAGAGAACAAAUUGGUUAUUGUUAAUUCAAGUUCAAAUUUACCUGCUCCUGCAACAGCAUCAGUACCUCCUACAACUACAUCAACAAAACCAUCGAGUAAAGAAAAUUCAGUAGGUAUAGAUUCGAAGAAGAAGAAUAAUUCUGAGAAAUCUUCAGUUUCAGUUCCUGCUCCAACUACGCUUACUCAAAAUCCAGUAAGAACAACUGGUCAAUUUAUGAGAUUAAGAUUAAUUGAAGAAAUAAGGAAAAAGAGAGAAGCUGAAAAAUUCCAACAAGAAGCUAAUAUUCAAGCUCAAACAAGUGCUGUAGUUAAUGAUAAUCUACCUGCUAAUUCACCUCCACUACCACCACCACCACAACCACAACCACAACCACAACCACAACCACAACCACAAUCAAUACCCCCAGCACCAAAAAGAAUAAAAAAAGAACCAAAGAAACAACCAGUUGGUAGUUCACAAUCAAGUCCAAUGCCACAACAAGUGCCUCCCCAACUAAUUCCACAACAACAGCAACAGCAACAACCAAUGCAACAACAACUGCAACAACAACAACAACAACAACAACAACAACAACAACCAUCAAUGAUACCUCACCAUAGUCCACAAUUUAAUAGUAAUUCAAAUUCACAAAUGCCAUCAGCUUCAAAUACACCAAUGAUGAGAAAUAACAAUGCACCAUAUCAAGCAGCUCCAACACCAAUGAAUAGUAAUGUACCACAACAACAAAAUACUCAAGAACCUCAAUCACAACAACCUCAGUCACAACAAUCACAAUUAUCUAUCCAACAACAACAAUAUCAACAAAUUUUCCAAAAUCUGUUAACUCCAGAAGAACAAACACAAUUUAAACAAAUACAAUCAAAAAUGCAAAUAUUAGCUCAAAUGUCACAAACUGGUAUAGCACCAAACGGACAACAAUUAACACCACAACAAAAACAACAAGCAUUACAACAAGUUAAAAUAAUGCAACAACAAUUAAUUCAAAAAUUUCCAACUUAUUUCCAAAGAUUAAAACAAUUUCAGAUUUUUCAACAGAAACAAAAACAAUUACAACAGGAGAAGUUAGCACAAGCUCAAAAUGGAAUGAAUAAUCAAAAUCAAAAUCAAAAUCAACAAGUACCUAUGCAAAAUAAUCAACAACAGUUUAAUAAUGCCCCACAGCAACAACAACAACAGCAACAACAACAACAACAACAACAACAACAACAAUUACUACUACAACAAGCUGUUAGUGAUGCAAAUGGGGAACCAAAGAAGAAAAGAGCAUAUAGAAAGAAUAAUUCAACUGCAUCAAAUUAG